AGCCAAUCAGCGUUGCUGCUGCUUUUGUGUUGGUGUGAGCUGUCACUAGUUCAGUGUGUGCAAAAACAAUAGAGCAAUUUCGCUUGGAAAAAGACGUCAAAAUUCACGGAAAAUCAAUUCAAAUUCCAGGAUUUUGCAAUAGAGUGUGGGCAGAUGUUUUGACUGCCUUAAAAAAUUGUCCAAAACACGCGCUAUGAUAUCGUAGUUGGACGGGCAAAGUGCGGAUGUGUAGCGAAAAUAAUUCAGCAACAGAAACAAAAUGGCGGCGAGCAUGGCUGUUUCGAGAAUAAAACGCGAGUUCAAAGAAGUGAUAAAAAGCGAGGAAAUCGUACAAUGUAGCAUCAAAAUAGAAUUAAUAAAUGAUAGUUGGACAGAACUGAAGGGUGAGAUUGCCGGACCACCCGAUACCCCCUACGAGGGGGGCAAAUUUCAGCUGGAGAUUAAAGUACCAGAAACCUACCCAUUCAAUCCGCCAAAAGUGCGGUUCAUCACAAAAAUCUGGCAUCCCAACAUUUCCUCCGUCACCGGAGCCAUUUGCCUAGAUAUCCUCAAGGAGAAUUGGGCAGCAGCAAUGACUCUGCGGACGGUUCUACUGUCACUCCAGGCUCUUCUGUCUGCCGCAGAGCCAGAUGAUCCUCAAGAUGCCAUUGUGGCGUCCCAGUAUAAAGACAAUUAUGAAAUGUUUGUCCUCACCGCCAGACACUGGACAAAUGCUUAUGCUAAUGGUCCUCUUCACUUUCUUGAACUGGAUGCAAAAAUACAGAGACUCAAAGACAUGGGAAUUGAGGAGAAUGAUGCGAGAGCGGCUCUAUCCAGAUACAACUGGGACAUUGAGAGGGCGACACAAAAUUUAUUUAGUUAGUUUUUGUACAAUAAUAUCCCCGUUUGUCUUUCUUUUUUUUUACAUAAUGGUCCCCCUUUUUCUCCCUUUUUUUUCCUCUGAUAUAUAUUUUUUUCAAUUACUUCUUUUGAUUUAUUCAAACAGCCAAUCAGUAAAAUUGAAUCUCUCUUCUGCAACUCAAAUUUAAAAGAAAUAAGCAUGAUAAAAAUUAUUGUAUAAAGACAACAAACUCUUGAGAAGAUUGUAAAGUAAAAAAAAAAGAGAGAAUGAAGAUACAGAUGAAGAUUUUACUGUUCAUCAAUUGGAGAAAGACUCUUCCAAAAAAAAUGUGGAGACUUUUGGGAGCCAGCAAGAGGAUGAUCUUAAUAACAAAAUGCGCGGGAAGAGAGUAAAAAUUGCAUUGAAGGAAGAUAAAAGAAAAGAUAAAAUACUAUUUUUUUUCUUUUUUCUUUUGCCUAAAGAAAUUUUGCAUUAUUCUUACUUUAAGUCUUUUUGCAAAAAAAAAAAAACAAAACAACCAUUCCUGAGAAUGCAAGAGAGAAGACAACAAGUAAAUAAUUUGAGAAGAAAAAAACUUAAAAUUUGAACUGUAAUAAAGUGUUAAAAUCCUCA